AGGGAGCCCUGGCGCCUGAGACCUUAGGUCUUUCUCCUGUAAACCUGCGCAUCUCAGCCCACAGUCCUGCACGUGUGAAACCUGAGGGCCGAGGAGACCUUAAAAUCCCAAACCCGCCUCCCAUCAGCGGGCAGGGGAGUGUGACAGUUUUCAUCAUUUCAUCAAGGUCUUUCUGCCUGUGAGUGUGGUGGCAACAAAAGAUGCAGGUGUGAUUGAUCCACAUAAAGUCGCCUGAGAAAACAACCCAGAGCAGGAGGAGGAAGAGGACAGUAUGGCUGCUUCUCAGGGACAGUUGACUUUCAGUGAUGUGGCCAUAGAAUUCUCUCAGGAGGAGUGGGCGUGCCUGGACCCAGCUCAGCAGAAACUGUACAUGGAUGUGAUGUUGCAAAAUUACAGUAACCUGGUAUUCCUGGGUGUGUCUAAGCCAGACCUGGUCACCUUUUUGGAGCACAUGAAGGAGCCCUGGGAGUUAAAGAGGAAAAAGAUAAUAUCCAGCCAGCCAGCUAUGUCUUCUCAAGUUAACCAGGGUUUGUUGCCAAAGUCAGGUGUAGAAGUGUCAUUCCAGAAAAUGUUACAGGGCCUGACAGUUUGAAAACAGCUGUGAUUAUUAGAGAUGUUCACUAGUCACGAACUGGGAUUAUUGAAAACGGCUGAACAAAUGUGAAAGACAGAAGAGAGGGUGAAAAAGACACAAAGAUACACCAGGAAAGGGAUGCUCUGGUAAGAGGAGGCAUCUGAGGGAAACAUUAGCCUGAUGAGUGUAUUGGACCCACUGCUUGUGCCUGUACAACAUGAAAACCAAGAAGCUGCAGGCCCAGAGUAUGGGUCCUAAAAAUAUAAUAGUAAAAGUCAUGUUCUUAGUCACUUGCCUUCUCCUUUCUUUUUACUUCUGUGUACAUUUUUAUUAGUGUAAUAAAGGACUGUCUUUUU